CACAGACUUCUAUACUAUAUUUGUAAUAAUGUGUAGCUCGGUCUGAUAAUUAAUCACAGAUAUACCUGUAUGGUAUACACAGACUCACUUCUAUACAGAUUUCUAUAUAGAAGUCUGUGCAAUUAAUGAAUGAUGAUAACCGGUGUCCGGUACGUAGCACGAUCAGAGAUGAGUUUAGGAAGUUGAAUAGUUUAUAAUUAUUUCAAUACAAAAAUUGUCAUAAAAAAAUUUAUAUUUUGUAUUUUAAGAAAACAUUUCUAUUUACCAAGGCACUUUGGGGACAGGUUUGAACGCAAAUUUGAAAACUGAAAAAAAAAAUGUCAAAAGCAUCACAAAAAAGUCUUACUGGGUUUUGCGGACGAACAUAUCAAAAGUGAAAGCUGUUCUGAUGAUGCAUACACAAUAAAUAAAAUUGGAGGAUUGUCUAAUACGCUAAAUCAGAAUUUUUCUCCAAAAUGUCCUCUGUGUAAUCGCCAGACACCAUUACUCAUUCAGAUAUAUGCACCUGUUACAAAUUCUAUUUACCAUAGAACCUUAUAUAUACAUGCAUGUGUAAGCCCAGAAUGUUGGAACAAAUCUCAGAGUUGGAUAUGUUUGAGACGACAGUGGGUCGCAGUAGAUGAUUAUGAUAAUAAGCAGCAGUCUACAACGUUUAUCGAAUGGUGUGAUGAUGCUGAUGAUUGGGGUGAGGAAACCAUAGCUGUGGCUGAAGAAAAUGGUAAUAUUACUGUUCCAAGCCAAGCAAUUGAAAUAUGUGAUACUGCAAGUGCCGAGUUAGAAAAUUCUGAUGCUGAUGAUAAUGUAGUUGCUGAGCCAAUUGAAAUACCAAAUACAAAUUUUUUUCAAUUACUAGAUAGUAGAAAAGAAAUACCUUCGGAUCACUAUGAUAUGACUAUAUAUUUUGAGCCAUAUUAUAUAUCGGUAGCUUAUGAAGAAUCAUCUGAUACAGUUAAAGAGCAUGCAAAUAACUUAUUACACAGCUAUCAAAAUAAUCAAAUGAUUCUUGAAGAAAAGAAUGAAGGCUAUGAAAAAAGUUUACCAGCACAUGGUGAUAAGCUUUUUGAAACAUUUGCAUCAAUAAUAAGAAAAAACCCUGGUCAAAUUUUACGGUAUUGUCGUACUGGAGGUAAACCUUUAUUUUUAUAUGAAGAAAGUGAACCAAAUGAAUGUACCAACUGCAAAGGUAAAUUAUUAUUUGAGUUACAAAUUCUUCCAUCAUUAAUUACAUAUUUAAAACUAAUAUGUGGAGAUGAUCACCUUGGUAGUGGACACUUAGAAUUUGGAACAGCUCUAAUAUACACUUGUGAAAAUAAUUGCUGGAAUGAAGGAGAUACUUAUAAGUAUGAAUGUGUCAUAGUUCAAGAAGAAAAACUGUUUUAAAUUUUUAUAUUUAUCUAAUAAAAGAUUUAAACAAUCAAUAAAA